AAAAAAAAAGUAGUGAUAACUGACAUGUUUUUGUGCAUUUUUUGGUCACAUAACAUGACAUAAUUUUUCCCGAUUUUUGUAAUGUUAGUAACAUAUUUUGUAAAAAUAUAUAUAAAAAGAAACAAUUUCAAAGCAUGUUUUUACAAAUAUUGCAACAAUAUUUUUGGUCACGAUAAUCAUAACAGGACAUUUUCCUAAUGUCUCACGUCGAGACCCGUCCUCUCAGUGAUGUAGGAAUAACCUGCUUUCAUUUGAGAGCUGGAUUUAGAAUGAAUUACUGCUGAUCCCCAACAGCUCAGGUGUGUUUGUGUGGGGUUUGAUGUAUAAUCACACCUAAUGGAGUAAUAUUUUAUUUCCAAGAGGACACUGUCGAUCAGGACACUGUCAGCUGACACAUCCACUUAUAAUAUGGCAGUUGUUAUGAAUGUUCGCUCUCCUUAUGACCCACAUCAAAACCACUACUGGCAGAGGCACUGGACAGGAAUUAAUGGACCCCUUAAGAUUAGAAAGUACAUUUAUUACCGGCUGGAUUUACCGUCAGCGAGGACCUCCAUCAUUCUCUAUAAAGGACAAGUGCAGAGGAUAUUUUUUAUCUUUGUUGACUGGCCCGUAGUAUAGUCCUCAAAAAAUGUUUUGAUUGAAUGUACAAAGCAUUAGGAUCAUCUCUCUGGUAUUGAUCUUCAGCCUCUUUCUUCAGCUUCAUGUUGUCUCACAGCUUAAAAAUCCUUUUCAUUGAUUACUUUGUUUCUUUUUACCUGCCGCUCUUUUGGGAUUGGUACAGAUUAUACAGGGACUCAGUAAAGUGGAUGAUUCAGAGAGUCCAUGCCAAUCUACAGAGCAAAGAACAGAACCCUAAUUAACACCAGACAAUCUGACCGCAGCAGCAGGCAGCGAGAGGUGUGAUCAUGAGGCUGAUAUGGAAGUCCAUGGACAAGAUGAGGUGUUUCAGGAAACGAUCCAUGUUCCCAUUCCUCGGCUUCUUCGUCACCUUUCUGCUCUUCUUUAACCUGUACAUGGAUGGUGGAUAUGUUCUGGAGGCUGAAAAAAGACAACUGGGGGAGACACUGAUGCAUCCUGCAAACUCUGAAAGAUAUGUCCACACAUUUAGAGACUUAUCCAAUUUCUCUGGGACCAUCAAUGUGACAUAUCGAUAUCUUGCAGGGAUUCCUCUGACACGCAGAAAGUAUCUGACCAUUGGUCUGUCAUCUGUCAAGAGGAAAAAAGGAAAUUAUCUUCUAGAAACCAUCAAAUCCAUAUUUGAUCAGUCCAGUUAUGAGGAGCUUAAAGAGAUUGUGGUCGUGGUCCACCUUGCAGACUUUGACCUGGUCUGGUGUGAGAACCUGGUGCAGGAAAUCACCAGGAAAUUUGCUCACCACAUCAUUGCCGGACGCCUCCUGGUGAUCCAGGCUCCAGAGGAGUAUUAUCCAUCUCUUGAUGGGUUAAAAAGGAACUACAAUGACCCAGAGGACAGAGUUCGUUUCCGCUCUAAGCAGAAUGUUGACUACGCUUUCCUCCUCAACUUCUGCACGAACCUCUCUCACUUCUACAUGAUGUUAGAGGAUGAUGUGCGCUGCUCCAGGAACUUCCUGACAGCGCUGAAGAAGGUGAUCACCUCCAGAGAGGGCUCCUAUUGGGUGAUGCUGGAGUUUUCCAAGCUGGGCUACAUCGGCAAGCUGUAUCACUCCAGAGACCUUCCACGUCUGGCUCAUUUCCUGCUCAUGUUCUACCAGGAAAUGCCCUGUGACUGGCUCCUCAUCCAUUUCAGAGGGCUGCUCGCUCAGAAGGAUGUGAUCCGCUUCAAGCCCUCACUUUUCCAGCACAUGGGUUACUACUCUUCCUACAAAGGAGCAGAGAACAAACUGAAGGAUGACGACUUUGAGGAAGACUCCAUAGACAUUCCUGACAACCCCCCUGCCAGCCUUUACACAAACAUAAAUGUUUUUGAAAACUAUGAUGCCACAAAGGCUUACAGUAGUAUAGCUGAUGAAUAUUUCUGGGGGAAACCCCCCUGCACUGGAGAUUUCUUUAUCAUUAUCUUCAGUAAACCAACUAAAAUCAGCAGAAUUAAAAUUGUCACAGGUACAGACGAUCGGCAGAAUGACAUUCUUCAUCACGGAGCUCUGGAGGUGGGGCAGAGAUCUGUGGAAACUAAGCAUGGAAGGCAGUGUACAUCCUACAUAACAUUAGGGGAGUUUAAAGGCGGAAACAUUGAGGUUAACAACGUGGACCAUAAGAUUGGCUUUGACAUUGAGUGUGUUCGAAUAGUAGUUACUGCCAAUCAGAAAGAAUGGCUCAUCAUCAGAACUAUCAGUUUAUGGACCACACAGGCAGUAAGCCAAUUAAAGAAGUAACAGAGAACAUUUGUAAUUUGUAAUUAAAAAAAAAUGUACAGUUUUAUUAAUGAAUGCAGCAACUUCAAGUUCUAUUUGUACUGCUGUGAUUCACCAAAUUCAAAACAAUCCAUAUUUUCUUGGAUUGUUCAUUGAUCUUCUCUAAAUGUUUUCAAUGGAAUGUAUCAAAAUGACCAGAAUGUACAGUGUAAAGUCUUUAUAUACAGUAAAUAUGCUUGUUUUCAGAAAAUCUGGAUAUUAAAAUACCUCGCUUGUA